UCAUCACCGAUCAUUUGGAGCAAGUCGCCGUAGAUCAGGUCGUGCCCUCUUCCCGCAGUCGGCGCCAGGUGGCGGGAUGACGGGGGCUACGGAGUUCUUGAAGGAGAUCCGCAACGUGUGGGACGACCAUACGACGUGUUUGAAGAUGAUUAGGGAUAUCCUGCGGUAUAUGGAUACGGUCUAUGUGAAGCAGCUGAUCUGUUGACGGUGUACGAUUCGGGCAUCGACCUGUUCGGGACGUCAUUACACGGUCGGGGAAGCAUCCGAUACAGACGCAUUUGAUCAAUUCGUUUGUUGUACCAUAUCCUGCUGGAACGGGAUGGGGAGGUUGUGGAUAGGCUGGUUGUGAAGAGCGUGACGAGAUAUGUUGGUUAGUUUGACGUCGGCGAAAGACGUCACACGAACUGGCCACGAGCCCACAGUCUACGAAACGGAUUUCGAGGUCCAGUUCCUGCAAACCAGCAAUGACUUUUACAGUCUGGAGAGUGGAAUGUCGUUGCACGAGUGCAAUGCGACGGAGUAUCUCAAAAGGGCCGAGCGACGAUUGAUCGAGGAAGAGCAAAGGAUCGAUAAUUACCUCACCCCGGCAACGGAGCCGAAGAUACGGCGGGUGGUGGAGAAGCAGCUGCUGGAGAAUCAUGUCAAGACAAUCAUCGAGAUGGAGAACUCGGGAAUGGUCUCGAUGAUGGAAGACGACAAACUAGACGACUUACGGCGCAUGUACAAGCUCCUCGGGCGGGUCCCUAAUGGGCACAUCCAGAUGCGCCAAACACUCUCUCAGUUUAUGGAAGAUCACGUUGCCGAAAUCAACCAAACCGUCGGCGGAAUCGACGCAUCCCAACCGAGCCGAAUGAGCAAAUCGGCCAGCGCGUCGAGUAUCCCCUCCGCCGCCGCCGCCGCCGCCGAUACGGAAAAGGCGGGCGCGCAGAAAGCGGACCCGCUGAAAUGGGUGGAGCAGGUGUUGGCGUUGAAAGAGAAAGUGGACGCGUAUUUUGAGCAUUCGUUUGCGAACGAUUCGAAUUUUGAGACGGAGAUGAAUAAUGCGCUGGAGCGGUCGCUGAAUAGGAAUAGAAAGGCGCCGGAGUUUGUCAGCUUGUUUAUUGAUGAGAAUUUGAAGAAGGGGUUGAAGGGGAAAUCGGAGGAGGAAGUGGACGCAUUGCUGGAUCGGACUGUUACCAUCUUCCGCUUCGUGCAGGAGAAAGACAUCUUUGAACGGUACUACAAGCAGCACUUGGCGAAGCGGUUAUUGUUUGGGAAGAGUAUUAGCGAGGAUGUGGAGAAGAAUAUGAUAUCCAAGUUGAAGACCGAAUGCGGCUACCAAUUCACACAAAAAUGGGAAGGCAUGUUCAACGACAUGCGGACGUCCACGGACAUGAUGGUCGACUUCCACAACCACCUCGCAACCGCCGUCACAGCCCCGAAAGACAUGGUCAACCUCAAUAUCAGCAUCCUCACAUCCAGCUACUGGCCGAUGACCGGCAUCGGCGCCGAUCAAGUCUGCCACUUUCCCCCCGAAGUCGCCGCCUGCCAACAACAUUUCGACAAAUAUUACCACUCCCGCCACUCGGGCCGCCGGCUCACGUGGUCGAGCCAAUUGGGCACGGCGGAUAUCAAGGCAUCGUUCAAAAAAGGGAAUAAGGAGUUCAACGUUUCGACGUACGGCAUGCUUGUCCUUGUCGGCGUCUUCAACGACGUGGCGGACGGCGAGGCAGUGUCGUACCAGACCAUCAGCGACAAGAGCGGGAUACCCGAACAAGAUCUCAAGCGCACACUCCAAAGCCUCGCUCUGGGCAAACACAAGAUUCUCCUCAAGAGCACGAAAGGACCCGCAGUCAACCCCACCGACACCUUUAAAGUCAACACGGAGUUUACAUCCCCCAUGUACAAAUUCAAAAUCCAGCAAGUCGCCGGGUCCACGAAAUCCUCCCACGGUGCUGCCAUUUCUGGCAAUUCAAUGGAAACCGACGCAGAACGCACCGAAACGAUGGAAAAGAUCGAAGAGGCGCGCAAACACCAGAUAGAGGCGUGUAUCGUGCGCAUCAUGAAGGCGCGCAAGAAGCUGGACCAUAAUAAUCUCGUCGCCGAGGUGAUCAAGCAGACGACGAGCCGGUUUGUGCCGGAGCCCGCGAUUGUGAAGCGGAGGAUCGAGGGGUUGAUUGAGAGGGAGUAUUUGGAGAGGGAUAAAUCUGAUCGGAAAAUGUACAACUACCUGGCAUGAGAAAAACUUGCACUCUGCGUACCCCCUUAUACCCAUACCUUAUACUGUAUCGCGCGUAUCUUAACCGCAUUUCUUUCCUUGCAUUUAUUUGUUGUCCC